AUGAAAUUCGUUUUAAUAGUGUUUUUAGCAAUUGCGUAUGCUAAGGUUGGAUGUGAUAUUGAUAACAAGGAGAAAGUAAAAGAACGGGGGAUGUCUAAAAAGAAAGAGGAUGAAUUAUUAGAAUUGCAUAAUGAACAUAGAAAUGAUGUUGCAACAGGGAAGUUAAAAAACUGGUAAGGUAAAUUUUAGACAGCUUCUAAUAUGAAUUAUGUGAAAUGGGAUAAUCAAUUGGCUAGAUUUGCAUAGGAUUGCGCUGAUAAAUGUCCAGCCAAUUUUAAAAUUGAUUGUUCAUUCCCACCCCAUUAUGGUUUUGUGACAUAUUUAGGGGAUGUUGAAAAUGGUGGUGCUGAUUGGACUGCUAAAAGAGUGUUCAAAAAAUGGGCUUAACAUGAAGAUCAUGCAAGAUAAAUUGAAUUGGCUUAAGCUUAAUUUUUUGGAUGUGGUAGAUCAUAAGUUAGUAGAAAGAAUGGUUCAAGUGAUGAAAUUGUAGUAUGUGUUUACAAUAGAGUAAUAUAUAUAAUAAUAUCAUAGAAACCAAAUUUACAUGGAGAUGUCUAUAAGGCUGGAGUUGCAGGACAGGAAUGUUUACAUGGUCGUAAAAAAGGAUAUCUAGGGUUAUGCAAACAUAGUGCAACUGAUAUGAGUGUGAUAAAUUUCAAACAUCAAAAGAAGCAUGAUGAAUAUAAGUAUCAUAAAUAAGAAGAGAAGCAUCACAAGAAUCAAAAACAUCACAAACGUAAUGAGGCUCAUUAAAAAGUUUAUUGA